AACUCGUCAAAAUGACUCGCCAUCCCCGAGAAAUGUAUUAAACUGUUCAGUAUUGGUCUUGGGGGAUUUGUGUGAUAUUUUCAAACUUACACACGCGACAAGUUCAGAAGGAGGAGCGUCGGGAGGCGGGUAGGAUUCCAUUCGUAUGUAUAAAGUCGAGACGAGAAAUUCAAGGAAAGGGCUCUACGGACAGGCGUUAGUGUAACCAUCCCUUUUCACCGAAAGCAACAAGUCUGUCUGGAUGUGAAUACAUAUUCUGGAAUAACAUGACUUUUUCACACCGGGUAGAGUAUUGAGAUAAAAUAAUUAGAUAUACGUUUUGCUAUUGGUUUAGUUUGGCUGUUUUGUGUCGUUUCCUAGCAUGCUUAUUUGUUCAGCUCACUCAAAAUGAGUCAAAAAAAUAACAAUGUAUGACGCGUACUGCUGAUUUUAAAUGAACGAAGACGAUGCUCGUCGAUCAUUUAGCGCUUGAAUCGGCGGACUGACUAGCUCACCAUCGUUAGUUACCUGGUGUCGCGGAGGAGCACUUCGCUUCAAAGCAGUGAAGUUGUCUUUUACAACAAUUUUUUUUUUUUCUGACCCGAAUUUUUUGGACCAAAAUACAACAUGGCAGAACACGAGAGUCUGGAGUUUGGAAAGGCUGACUUUGUUCUGCUGGACAGCGUUUCUUUGGAGGAAUUCAUGGCUAACCUAAAGCUAAGGUUUGAGAAGGGCCGUAUCUACACCUACAUCGGCGAGGUGGUGGUGUCGGUUAACCCUUACCGCGCCAUGAACAUCUACGGCCGAGACACCAUCGAGCAGUACAAGGGCCGGGAGCUGUACGAGCGACCACCACAUCUGUUCGCCAUCGCAGACGCAGCCUACAAAGCCAUGAAGAGGAGGAACAAGGACACGUGUAUUGUCAUCUCAGGGGAGAGUGGAGCCGGAAAGACGGAAGCCAGCAAAUACAUCAUGCAAUACAUCGCUGCUAUAACAAACCCCGGCCAAAGAGCUGAGGUCGAAAGGGUGAAAAACAUGCUGCUGAAAUCCAACUGCGUCCUGGAGGCCUUCGGCAACGCCAAGACCAACCGCAACGACAACUCCAGCCGCUUCGGCAAGUACAUGGACAUCAACUUCGACUUCAAGGGAGAUCCCAUCGGAGGCCACAUCAACAACUACCUGCUGGAGAAGUCCAGAGUCAUCUUCCAGCAGGAGGGGGAGAGAAGCUUCCACUCAUUCUACCAGAUGGUUAAAGGGGGUUCUGAGUCCCUCUUGCGUUCCCUCCACGUCUCGAAGGACCCCACAGCCUACAGCUACAUCAAAGUAGGAGGCCAGGUCAAGUCGUCCAUUAACGAUGGUGCUGAUUUCAAAGCAGUGGCGGACGCCAUGAAGGUGAUCGGCUUCACACCAGAUGAAAUCCAGACUGUUUACAAGGUCCUGGCCACUAUCCUGCACCUGGGGAACCUGACGUUUGGUGUGGACGGCGACACAACGCUGAUUGAGAACACCAAGGUGGUGGCGGUGAUCGGGGUCCUGCUGGCCACUAAGGAGGAGAAUGUGGAAAAGGCCCUGCUCUACCGCACCGUUGCCACCGGCCGCGACGUCAUCGACAAGCAGCACACGACCCAGGAGGCCAGUUACGGCCGGGAUGCCUUGGCCAAGGCUAUGUACGAGAGAAUGUUCUGUUGGAUCGUGGGAAGGAUCAAUGAUGUCAUCGAAGUGAAGAACUAUGACGCCAAAGUCCACGGGAAGAACACAGUCAUCGGAGUGCUGGACAUCUACGGCUUUGAGAUCUUUCAGAACAACAGCUUUGAGCAGUUCUGUAUCAACUAUUGCAAUGAGAAGCUGCAGCAGCUCUUCAUUCAGCUUGUGCUGAGGCAGGAACAGGAAGAGUACCAGCGCGAGGGAAUCCCCUGGAAACACAUUGACUACUUCAACAACCAGAUCAUUGUGGACCUGGUUGAGCUGCAACACAAGGGCAUCUUCUCUGUGCUGGAUGAGGCCUGUAUGAACGUGGGCAAAGUCACCGACGAGGUCUUCUUACAGGGGCUCAACAGCAAGCUGGCCAAGCACGCCCACUACACUAGCCGCAAGCUCUCCCCAACAGACAAGAGUUUGGAGUUUGACAGAGAUUUCCGUAUCCGGCACUAUGCAGGGGAUGUUGUGUACUCUGUGGUUGGCUUCAUCGACAAGAACAAGGACACUCUCUUCCAGGACUUCAAAAGGCUACUGUACAACAGCUCCAACCCAGUGCUGAAGAUGAUGUGGCCGGAGGGCAAGCUGAGUAUCACUGAGGUCACCAAACGACCCCUAACGGCCGCCACCCUCUUUAAGAACUCCAUGAUCGCAUUGGUGGAGAACCUGGCAUGCAAGGAGCCCUACUAUGUGCGCUGCAUCAAGCCCAACGACGUCAAGUCGCCCCUGCUGUUCGAGCACGAGCGUUGUCGCCACCAGAUCGAGUACCUGGGCCUACUGGAGAACGUCCGUGUGCGCCGCGCCGGAUUCGCCAACCGCCAGGACUACCCCCGAUUCCUCCAGAGGUACAAGAUGAUCUCGGAGUUCACGUGGCCCAAUCACGACCUCCCGUCGGACAAAGAGGCAGUGAAGAGGCUGGUGCAGGGCUGCGGCUUCGAGCACGACGUGGCCUACGGCAAGACCAAGGUGUUCGUCCGCACGCCGCGCACCCUCUUCUGCCUGGAGGAGCAGAGGGACGAAAUGGUUGGGAGAAUAGUCCUCUUCCUUCAGAAGGUAUGGCGCGGUACCAUAGCCAGGAUGCGUUACCGGCGCAUGCGAGCCGCCCUCAUCAUCCUGCGGGCCUACCAGCACUACAAGGUCAAGUCCUACAUCAAGGACGUCAACCGCAAAUUCAAGAACGUGCGCUCCAUGAAGGACCAUGGCAAGCACGUCAAGUGGCCAACGCCGCCCAAAGUCCUGCGGAGGUUUGAAGAGGCGCUGCGGAGCAUCUACAACAGGUGGUGGGCGUGGACUCUGAUCAAAGACCUGACUCCAGAGGAGAAGCUGCAGAUCAGGGCCAAGGUGGCCACCCUCGAGGCCCUCAAGGGCCAGAGACCUGACCUGGGGCUGCAAAGGACCUGGGAGGGCAACUACCUGAAGCGAGACAGUCCUGACACAGCGUCCUCCUUCACCUUGGUGUCCUGUGAGUUGCAGCGUAAGGACAAGUUCAUGAGAGUGCUCUUCUCCUGCAACGUGCGCAAGAUCAACCGUUUCCACAAGGCAGAGGACAGGGCCGUCCUCAUCACAGACCGCCACCUGUACAAGAUGGACCCCCUCAAGCAGUACAAGCCCAUGAAGAGCAUCCCCCUCUACAAUGUGACGGGGGUGAGUGUGUCCCCAGGUAAGGAUCAGCUGGUGGUGUUUCACACUAAGGACAGCAGGGACCUGGUGGUGUGUCUACAGGGCAUGGUGCCUGCCGGGGACAGCCGCAUCGGAGAGCUGGUGGGCACCCUUCUCAGCCACUUCAAAAGUGAGAAGAGGAAGCUGCAGGUGAAUAUCGCCAGUCCCAUCCAGUGCAGUAUGAAUGGCAGGAAAUGCACUGUCAUUGUGGAGCCCAAGAUCAACCAAUCGCAGCCAGACUUCACCAAAAGCCGCUCCGGUUAUAUUCUGGCAGUGCCUGGAAACUAAAAGGGCCACUCGGUCUGUGACAAGGACAAGUGACGAUGAGGUGUCAAAUGAGGAAUAUGUGAAUCAUAACUCUGUUUGUAUAGAGCUCAUUUGUGAACUAGAUGGCAUGAUAUGAUACAUGGGAGGGUUGAACUCUCAGAAUGAAAGCCAUGCCAAAUUUGUAACUUUGAAUAGAUAUUUAUUUGACGUAACUCAAUGUUUUUCAAUAGAACAUGUAAGAUGUUUAAUACAUACACAUGUUUUGAGUUAAUUAGACAGACUCACACACAUGCACAACAUUAAUUCACCAAAGAGUCGAUUUUUUCCCCUCACUUUUCAAUAUCAAGUUGAGUUCACAUUUACAACUGAGCUGUUUUGUCGGGGCGUCGAUCAUUUUAUGUUACGCUAGCUUUGGUUUAUCAUGAUUAGUAUCACAUUAUCCGGCAUUUUGUUUGAGUAGAAUAUCUUGUUCAGAAAUGUAUAUUCUCACGGCUACAGUGCCUUCAGAAAGUAUUCAGACCCCUUGACUUAUUCCACAUUAUGUUGUGUUACAGCCUGAAUUCAAAAAUGGAUUAAAUAGAUUUGUUUUCUCACCCAUCUACACAAAAUACCCCCAUAAUGAAAACAUUUGAAAUUUUAGCAAAUGUAUUGAAAGUGAAAUACAGAAAUCAAAUUUUACAUAGGUAUUCACACCCCUGAAUCAAGGCAUGUUAGAAUCACCUUUGGCAGUGAUUACAGCUGUGAGUUUUUCUGGGUAAGUCUCUAAGAGCUUUGCACACCUGGAUUGUACAACAUUUGCACAUUAUUCUUUCAAAAGUUCUUCAAGCUCUGUCAAGUUGGUUGUUUAUCAUUGCUAGACAGGCAUUUUCAAGACUUGCCAUAGAUUGUAAAGCUGAUUUAAGUCAAAACUGUAACUACGCAACUCCAGUGAAUAUUUGGCCUUGUGUUUUAGGUUAUUGUCCUCCUGAAAGGUGAAUUUGUCUCCAAGUGUCUGUUGAAAAGCAGACUGAACCAGCUUUUCUUCUAGGAUUUUGCCUGUGCUUAGCUCUAUUCUGUUUAUUUUUGCCCUAAAUAAACGUCCUAUUCCUUGUCAACGACAAGCAUACCCAUAACAGGAUGCAGCCACCACCAUGCUUGAAAAAAAUGGUACUCAGUGAUGAGUUGGAUUUGCGCGAAUAAUAAUGCUUUGUAUUCAGGACAUAGUUUUUCUUUGCCACAUUUUUUGCUGUUUUAAGAUAGUGCCUUAUUGCAAACAGGAUGCAUGUUUUAGAAUAUUUUUAAUCUGUACAGGCUUCCUUCUUUUCACUCUGUCAUUUAGGUUAGUAUUGUGGAGUAACUACAAUGUUGUAUCACUGCCAUUAAACUGUUUUAAAGUCACCAUUGGCCUCAUGGUGAAAUCCCCUAGCGGUGUCCUUCCUCUCCGGCAACUGAGUUAGGGUUAGGAAGGACGCCUGUAUCUUUCUAGUGACUGGGUGUAUUGAUAAACCAUCCAAAGUGUAAUUAAUAACUUCACCAUGCUCAAAGGGAUAUUCAAUGUCAACAUUGUUAUUACACACAGAAUGUGUCCAUGCAACUUAUUAUGUGAUUUGUUAAGCACAUCAUUUUUACCCCUAAACUUAUUUAGGCUUGCCAUUACAAAGGGGUUGAAUACUUAUUGACUUGAGACAUUUCAGUUUUUCAUUUUUUAUUCAAGUGUAUUUUGUUUUUGUAAAAACAUCAUUCUAAUUUGACAUAAUGGGGUAUUGUGUGUAGGUCACUGACACAAAAUCUAAAUGUAAUCCAUUUUAAAUUCAGGCUGUACCACAACAAAAUGUGGAAAAGUCUAGGGGUGUGAAAGCACUGUAUGUUUUCAUUAUUUAUUUGUAUCUAAAAUGGAUAUUUGAUGGAAAGAUGUUUAACACAACCGUUGUUUUAGACUACAGAUAGACCACAGCCAGUCCGACACACACACAUUUUCCAUUCCUUCUGUAUUUCGGAACAAGAAUGGGAGAGAAUGUUGUCCUAUGUACUUUAAUGACGGAACAGUGUCAGAGGCACAGAUGAGAAGUGUGUCGUUCUUAAGUUAGUUUGUCACCGGGUGUUUAGUGGGAUGUGUUGAACAUAUCCUGAACCUAAAUGCUCUGAGAGGAGCAUUAAAAUAAAUAUUUUAACCUCUUAUUUCUAUGCAUAUACUGUACAGAUGUAGCAUCAUGUUAUGGGUAUGCUUGUCACUGGCAGGGACUGGGGAGUUUGUCAGGAUGAAAAUAAAUAUGAAAGAAGCAAAGCCCAGAUAAAAAGUUAGAGGAAACCCUGCCUCGUUCUUCUGAAUACCUAACCCUGGGAUCAUUUUAUUUUUCAGCGGGACAAUUGCACAAAUGUUAAUGCCAAAGACACACCAGAAUGGCCUUCCAAUAGGUGUUGAGUGUUCCUGAAUGAUCCAGUCUGUCAUGACUUAUAUCGGCUUGAAAAUAAGAGACUAGGCUGACAAAAACAAUGGAUAUAUGUUGCCCUAAGAGUUGUGUGAUGUUGAUAGAAUCUUAUUCCAAAUGUUUUACAGCUGUAAUGGCUGCCAAAGGUUAUUACACAAAGGAUUAACUCUCCGGUGUGAAGAUAUACGCAAUCAAGACAUCUUUGUGUUUUAUAUUUUAUUUAUUCAGACGAUUUUCUGUCAUUUUCUUUGACUUUGGAAAUGUGCAGUUGGUUGUGUAAAUCAGUAGUAAAAAAACAUUUAAUUAAUUGUUUUAUUUCAUUUUAUGGCAGCAAAAUGUGAAGACUGUGCAAGGGGUUUGUAGGCUUUCACUAGGGACUGUAUCUCUCUGUCAGUUGGCAUUAUUUUCAGUUAAAAAUCUCCAAUCAGUUUCAGAAUUGCUGCCGAGUGCUAAUUGCUUUGCAAAUUGGCCAGGAAAAUCGGUACAUAAUUAGGUAAAUAGCGUGUCUCUCAUCUCAACUAAAGAAAUCUUCCUUUACCUUGCAGCAAUGGCGUAUGAUGACCUUGUUCUGUUGCUUGAUAAGGCAUUUUAGACCAGAAAAUGGCUGCAACCUGCUGGAAAAUGUCCCUCUAUUGGGGGAAAGUUGUAGGCUAUGUAUUGUGGAUAGUAUCUCUAAUGGCAGGUGUUUUAAUAUGUGGUUAGUCCUCAGGGCUGCCUGUAAAACUUGCUUAUUAUAACUCGCCUCCAUAUCCUCUGACUGCCUGUGACUGUCUGUCACAUCCAACCGAAAUAGGUUUCUCUCUCUCCUGUCUCCCGACAUGCCUGUUCUAGUAAGGAAGGAUACUUUAAUCUGAGAACAAAAGCCCGGCUUGGCUGCCUCCUCUCCUCCCCUCUAUUCUCUCCCCUCUCUCUAUCGCUCUAUCUCCUCCUUCACUCCAUCACAUCUCUUGGCACUGGCCAGGUGGGUAGACUGACACUGCAGGGCCAAUGAGGAGUUUAUUCUGAACCCCCCCUGUUCCCCGGAGGAGAGAGAGCGGGAGGGAGAAAGGGAGAGAGCGCAUCAAUGAAGACAGAGAGCUAGAUGAGAUGCCCACUUUCCUCACUACUACAUAAAUAAGACCGGUGCAAACGCGUGAUCAUUUAGCUGAGUAAGGAUUCUAAUGGUUCACUGUCACUCAGGGAUGCAGCAUGGAGACUGUUAAUAUGCUGAGUCGUCUACUGUACAUUCAGUACACAUGGAUAAAAAGUAGUCAGGUGAAAAUGGUUUACCUGUGCCAUCAAUUCUUUCAGCUUUACCCUUCAGUUUGUGAUCCGUGUCUAGAAGGUGUUGUGCCCGGCGAAUCCUUGUCCCUCCUUGGUUUGUGUUGGGCUUGACUUUUCUUAUCCAAAGCUUAACCUACAGUACGGUAAAUCCCCUUGAUUGUUUGUUUUUUUGCUAGCCAGAUAGCACUCUAGUGCCUUCAGAAAGGGAACCCAGUCUAUAACAUUUCAUUGAGUUUCUUCUCUCUUCUGUUGGUAACCAUUUUGAUUACAAUUGUAAGAUGUGUACCCGAUUCUCAGCAAUUGUUUUCAUUUUAGUGCAAAGAUAUCUGCAUAUUGAGAAUUGGGGAAGGUUGACAACAUGUUGGAACAUUGUUGUAAUCUAGGGGGCGGUAAUGUUCAGAGUUUCUGUAAUGAGUAUAUAUAUAUAUAUUCUAAUUUCCUUCAAUAUAUUCAAUACACCAUAUAUAUAUAUAUAGAUGAAUAUAUUGCCUAAUUUAAUAUUUUGUGUAUUUAUGUAAUAUCUAUCUAUCUCAUAUAUAUAUAUUGAUAAUGAAUGAGAGAGUGUUUGGACCAAAUCUGAAGGGUUAGGGUUAAAUAUACAAGAACCCACAGUGAUUGUUAUUUGAUUGAAUCAUUUAAUUAAUAAACGUAUUUGUUCCAGUGGAA